GAAUCUAGCGGACCUUUGAAUCUAUCUCUUUCUUUAUGUCCUCUCUAUAUUUAAUUAAUUUAAAAAAUAAAAUAAAAAACUUCAAAUGACCUAAACUGAUCGAGUCUCCUCGUUUUUUAGCUCUCUUCAUCAGUUCAUCUGUCAAAAUUCCCGAAAUUCUUGUUUUUUGAAGUUACAGAUGAUCUAGUUUCAGAUCUUUCAUCUUAACGUUUUUUAAAUAAUUGCUUUUGUGACGGAGAAGAGAUUAAGAAAGCGAUCAAGAGAAGGUAUCUGCUUUUAAAGACUUUCUGAGAAAGGAUUCCUAAGCUGAAGAGAGCUUGUUCUAUACAGGUGAGAUUCCUCCAACAAAUCGAAUGAGAAUUGGAAUCACAGGCUUUUCACGGAUUGGUUUCGCUUGCCUUUUCUUUUCGACAUUCUCUUAAAAGGAAAUUCUGGUUUAGAAAUCGCGGAGUUGCAGAGAUAAAAGCGAAAGCUAUUUGAAGCAGAACCUACAACAGAGAGAAAGAGAGAGUUGAGGAUUUAGAUCUGAAGAGGUAGCGGUGGCGCAGUGGCGGAAGUGGUGGCGACGGCGAGAUGGAGAGGACAUGUGGUGGAUAUCCGUACGAUACAGGAGUGGUGCUAUCUAGGGACCCCAAGCCGCGGUUGAGGUGGACGCCUGACCUUCAUGAUAGGUUCGUCGAUGCUGUCACCAGGCUUGGUGGACCGGAUAAAGCAACUCCGAAGGCGGUGCUGAGGAUGAUGGGGCUGAAGGGGUUGACAUUAUACCAUCUGAAGAGCCAUUUACAGAAGUACAGAUUGGGAAGGCAGCAGACGAAGAAAGAAGCUAACAUAGAGCAAAACAAGCAAACUGUCGGAAAUUUGGAUGGACAUAGACAUGUGAAUUCCUCAGUAACAAGUACCACUGCCAUUGCAAGUAGCGCGGGAAGAGAAGUACCAUUAACAGAUGCAUUAAGGUAUCAGAUUGAAGUACAGAGAAGAUUGCAUGAGCAACUAGAAGUGCAGAAGAUAUUGCAAAUGAGAAUUGAGGCCCAAGGUAAAUAUUUGCAAACAAUAUUAGAGAAAGCCCAAAAGACUCUCUCUACUGAUAUGAAUGAUAAUGAGAGCCUAGAAGUCACAAGGUCCCAACUCACGGACUUUAAUUCAGCAUUUUCUAGUCUAAUGGAGAACAUGACCCAAGUGUGUGGAGAAGCUCAAAAAGAAGAUAUAAUAGGGAAGAGCUUAUUGUAUGAUAAGCAUAAGAAAUCUCAUGGUUCAGCAUUCCAACUUUACCAGGAGAUAGAAGAGGUGGAGAGGAAAGAUAUUAAGAUUAAGGUCGAGGAACGCUCGCUACUUUUUGAUCUGAAUGGCAAAGGUAGCUAUGAUUUUCUCAGCCCAAGAGAAGUGAGUAGAGAGUCCAAGAUGCAUGCACAAAGAACACAGAUUUUGGAGGAAGGGGGAAAAUGACAGAAAAACUCUUACAUUAUUCAUCUAUUCAGUUGACAAUUUUUAUUUAUAGACAACUUUUCCUUUUGGUUUUAUUUGCAUAUAUUUUUGGGAGAUCAGGGGUAUGUAUAGCAUUGUUUAGUGUCAACAAAGAAACUGAUUUA